AAUAUAUUCGUUCUUUUAAGUUUCUAAGACGGGUAGUUUGUGAUUAUUUGAUUAAACUAUAAUCCAAGCGAUAAUUUAGUGAUACUGAAAAUUUUUCAGAUAUUCUUAAAUAAUGAUAUUAAAUUGGGGAAUUGCUGCUGCUGGUAAAAUAUCUAAUGAUUUUGCCUCAGCCUUAAAGGCCUUGCCAUUAUCUGAUCAUAAGGUUGUGGCAAUUGCGAGUAGGACUCAAAGUAAUUCUGAUAAAUUCGCUAAAACUCAUGGUAUUCCUAAUGCUUAUGAAGGUUAUGAUAAAUUGGCCAAAGAUGAAAAUGUGAAUAUUGUUUAUGUUGGUGUAUUAAAUCCUCAGCAUUAUGAGGUAGCAAAAUUAAUGCUGGAACAUGGGAAGCAUGUACUUUGUGAAAAGCCAUUUACCAUGAAUGCUAAGCAAACUAAAAAGUUGCUGGAUAUCUCUAAGGAAAAUAAUUUGUUUUUAAUGGAAGCAGUAUGGUCUAGAUGUUUUCCAGCGUAUGAUAAAAUGAUAGAAGUUAUUAAAUCUGGAAAAAUUGGAGAGGUUGUACAAGUAUCUGUAGAAUUUGGAGAACCAAUUAACCAUAUUGAUCGUAUAAAAAACAAAGAUCUAGGUGGAGGAGUUAUUUUAGAUCUCGGUGUGUACAACCUACAGUUUCAGCAGUAUGUGUUCAAUGGUUUGAAGCCAAUAAAAAUUGUAGCCAAUGGACAUUUAAAUGAAGAGGGGAUUGAUACGGCUCUUGCAACUGUUUUGACUUAUCCUGGAGGAAAAACAGCGGUUCUUUCUAUAUCUUCACUUGCGCAAUUUUCGUGCGAAGGUGUGGUUUAUGGCACCAAAGGAUGCAUUAAGGUACCUACGUUUUGGAGUCCCACAACUCUAGAAGUGAACGGUGAAGUAUUGGAAUUCCCGUUGAUUAAAAAUGAAGCAGAGUUCAACUAUCUUAACAGUGCUGGUUUGGCGUAUGAAGCCGAAGAGGCAAGGCAAUGUAUAAUGAAAAAUAAAAUAGAAAGUCCCAAAAUUACCCACGAGAAUUCCUUGGAAUUGGCAAAGAUGAUGGAUAAAUUGAGGGAUGAAUUGGGAGUAGUCUAUCCUGCAGAUGGAGAAUCUUAUUAAUCUUUUGAGGAACCUUUGCCUCAUUCAAUAUUGACUAUAUAACAUUUAAGUAAUUGGCUGAUUUCAUGUUUAUGUCGUUGAUAUGUCAGUGUAGAAUAUACAAUGAUAAAUGAUUUACUUAAAUAAUGUAACAUCAUCUUAAUUUUUGUUCUUAUCUUAGUGCCAAUAUUUGCUUUAAGUAACUAUUAAACAAAUGUUUUGUAUCGUUUUGAUAUAUUGAUAUUUUUUUAUUAACUUG